CACGAGUCCGGGAGCGUGCGCGCACGGCUGCCCCAACCCCCUCAAGCCCUCCGGAGACCACGACGGGCCUCCGAGGGCAACUCAGCGCGCGCGCGCGUGCGGGCCCGCCCUUCCUGCGGGGUCGUCGGGGGAGCGGCUCGAGGCACCCUCGGCGGGGCACCGGCGCGCGGCGCAGUCCGGAGGCGCGCAGCGCAGUCGCAGCGCGGCCGCGAGAGCGCAGGGGAAGAGGCCGGGCCGCUGCCGCCGUCGGCGAGGGCCUCGGGCCCCGCGGAGAUGCCCCGCACGAAGAGCACUGCCAGGGGGAGGGCCCAGACACCAAGGAGAGGGCGAAGCCAGGACGAGGAGGAGGAGGAGGAGGAGGAGGGCGUUCACGCGCAAGCUUACGCGGGCAACCUGCGCGCCAGCGUCAGCGCAGUCGGCCCCGUUUUCUUCCGUCGCUCUCGUGGCAGCAUGGCGAUUGCACACUGCACACCGCACCGCUCCGAUCGACGACCGCCUGUGCUGGGAAGAUUCUGUCCGUCUUCGACUCCAGCCACACCCGAGCUUCGGGUGUGCCAGCCACCUGCAGGGCACCCGGGAGAGCAGAAACCGAUGGGCCCGCCCGCCCUCCGCUGGGCGGCGCGCCGCGUCCCGACGCGUUGAAAAAGCCAUUACAAAAAAUCCCGCGCCGUCAGCAGCCACCACAAAAUCGGCUCGCAGUACGUGCCUCUGUACUGUGGGCAAUUCCCAACUGCAGCAUACAUGCGCUCCACAGGGUGCUGGAAUCGUGAGCAAUCCCACUGCUCCCGGCGCGAUGCUGCCCCAGCGUCGCGCACAGCGAUGCUGACACUGCCUAAUGACAACUCAAGGAUAGCUCGCGCAGCGCCAGGCUGGCUGCGUCACGGCGCCGAAGUCGGGAGAGGCAGGGUCAACGACUUCAGAAGAGGAGGAGGAGGAGGAGAAGGUAGGAGGUCGAUCGACCUCCGAUCCAGGGGCCACGGCGCGCCGCGGUUCCGAGUGGCGUCCCGCCGUGGCCACGGGGGGCCCAAUCCGCCGCUGCCUCGGCUCGCCCUCCUCGGAUUCGGGGGGGGCGGGAGAGGAUGCUUGGAGACGCGGUCAGUCGUGCGUGUUGCCUCCCCGUGGGUCGAGGGGACCUGACACCAUUCGCGCUGGAAAAUGCGGAGG